AGAAAAUUUGUCAGAAAAAUGCCGAUGCCGAAGAUUCCGACCCUGUCGCGGUUUUGUUGUUUUGAUGUUAGCAACGGGACAAAAUACUGCUCAGCUGCUCUGACAAUUCUAUGGAUUUUGUAUCUAAUUGCUGUAAUUGUAGCGGCUGUAGGAUCUCUAUCUCUAGGAUCAUUGAUAUGGGGGCUGAUAUGGUGUGGUUUCUCUAUAGUAGUCUACGGUUUAGCUACAUACGCCAUUCAUCUGAGUAAGAGCAGGAACCUGUUGAUCCCUGCCCUCUGUGUUUCUCUCUUCAACGUGUGUGUCGGCAUCAUCAACGGAAUCAUCAAUUUCGUUGUUCUAAAUAUUUUCGGUGCAAUUGUACUGUUCUGUAUCGCUGCAAUCACACUGUACUAUUUCCUGGGCCUGUACACAGUGUACAACAAUAUGUCAGCACCCCCCGCAGGAGAACCUAAUAUUAAACUUCCAGCAUAGAGUCUUCAGAUCCAGUGCCAAAAAAGGAAAGAUAAACGGAUAAUCGUAAAAGAAAGGGCUUUAUUGUAUAAUUGUAAAUGUAAUUUGAUAAUAAAUGUUAACAUGAUA